AUGUCUCAGUCCCGUCAGGAGAAGCUGACGCUCCAGUGGAGCUGGUCGAUCUUACGUAAAUAUGCUUCUUUCAUUGGGCCGGGGAUCAUGGUCUCGGUCGCUUACAUGGACCCUGGCAACUACUCAACGGCUGUGUCUUCAGGUGCAGAUUAUCAAUACAGUCUUUUGAUCAUUAUCUUUCUAAGCAACUUGUUCGCAGUAAUUUUGCAAUGCUUGUGUGUGAAAUUGGGCACGGUGACCGGGCUAGACUUGGCAGAAAUGUGCCGCUUGAAUUUGCCUUGGUGGCUCAAUUUGUCCUUGUAUGUUUGUGCUGAGGCAGCAAUUAUCGCGACUGAUUUGGCCGAGGUCGUGGGUACGGCUAUUGCUUUGGAAAUUUUGUUUGGAAUCCCACUUGUAUACGGUGUGUUGAUUACGGUUUUGGAUGUUCUCAUCAUCUUGUUUGCCUAUCACAAGGAUGGCAACUUACGUCAGACGAGAACGUUCGAGAUCAUGGUGUCCGUCUUGGUCGCUGCCACAUGCGUCUGUUUUGUUGUCGAGCUCUCUAAGUGUGACUUUGAGCCAGGCUCGCUCAGCAAGAUCGUCGAAGGUUUCUUGCCAUUGAACAUGAAGGUGUUUACCGAAUCAAGAGCUCUCUUUUUGAGUUGCGGUAUUGUGGGGAGUACAGUGAUGCCACACUCCUUGUAUCUUGGAUCUUCUUUGGUCCAAUCUCGUUUGAAGGAUUACGAUAUUAAGUCUGGAAAUGUUGCCAUCGAUCUGGAUGGUGAAAUUGUGGCCAUACCUACACCAGAGAGCGAUAUUACGAACACACCACACAACAAGUUUCUUGCAAUCUCUGAUGGCUCUAGCCUUGCUAGAAAAUACAGACCUUCUCAGGCAGCAAUAAGAUAUUGUUUAAACUACUCUUACACAGAGUUGGUGCUCUCGCUAUUCCUUAUUGCUGUCUUCGUGAAUGCCUCCAUCCUUAUCGUUGCAGGUUCAACGCUUUAUGGGAAACCAGAUGCUGAUGAUGCUGACUUGUUGUCAAUUUACGAAAUGCUUUCUCACUACAUUUCCCCGGCAGCCGGUUUGGUUUUUGCAUUGUCUAUGCUUUUCUCUGGCCAGAGUGCUGGUAUAGUAUGUACCAUGGCUGGCCAAAUUAUUUCUGAAGGUUUCAUCAACUGGUCCUUCAAACCUUGGGUUCGUCGUAUCAUCACCAGAGUAUUAGCCAUUAUCCCUGUGUUAAUCGUGAUAUCUAUCUUGGGCCGUGAAGGAGUUGCUACCAUCAUGAACUCAUCACAGGUUGUUUUAAGUUUCAUCCUUCCGGCUGUUAGUGCCCCCUUGAUUUGGUUCACGGCUAGUCGCAAGUAUAUGACUGUCGUAGAUAAAACAUCCGACCAAGCAGACGAGAACACCGCACUUCUCUCUGAAGAUGGCGCUGGAGAUGUUCGUGCAAAGGUUGUGUUUUACGAAAACGGGCAAUGGCUCAACAUUGCCGCCUUUGCCACCUGGCUAAUCAUCACCUUCCUUAACAUUUACUUGAUCUACUUAUUCUCAAUCGGAAUCGAGGUUUAA